AUGAAAGAAAUGAGAAAAAAACGACCAAUAUUUCAAGAAUCUUCGGAAUUUCUAAACAUAUUAUUUCAUAAUAUUGAAGGAUUGAAAUGUAAUUUUAAUGCAUUUCGACGUCAUCAUUUAACACAAAAAGCUGAUGUUAUUUGUCUAGCAGAGACAUGGUUAAAGAAUAAUAAUGAGAUCGAUAAGUUAGAACUUGAUGGAUAUAACCUUUUACAUAAAACACGAUUGUCUUCAUUUGAAUCAAGCCAUCCACUUCAUUCACAAAAAGGUGGUGGUGUUGCGAUAUAUUUUCGAAAAGAAAUGUCUAUAAAAAAAAUUGACUCAUGUGAGCAUUUAAAUCUCGAAUAUAUUACUUUCGAAGUCGAGAAAAAUAACACGACUAUUAUCAUAUGUUAUCGAUCGCCUCAACACAGUAAAAAAGAAUUUUUAAUAAAUUUAAUUGAACAUCUAGAAGAAAUCAGUAUUGAAAAACAUAUAUUUCUUAUUGGUGACUUCAAUGAAGAUACUCUAAAUAAUAAAUCCAAAACUAUUGAUACAAAAUUAAAGAGCUUAGGCUUUACAAAUAUAUUUAAAGAUUUACCUACUACUAAUAGUUUAACAAGUCUUGAUUAUAAUAUUAUGAAAAAAAACAGUCUAAAAAGACCAUCUAGUACAUCUAGUUUAUUUGAACAACUAGCUAGUUUUGGCUUUAAAAAAGUUAAGGUAUUAGGAGAUGGUAAUUGUUUUUUCCGUGCAAUUUCGCACCAACUCUAUAGACACGAACAUGAUCAUUCAAAUAUUCGAUCUGUAACAAUAAAUUAUCUUAUUGACAACAUGAACGAUUUCGCACCAUUUGUUGAUGAUACGGAUUCAACGAUUGAAAACUACAUUGAACGAAUGAGUCGAAAUGGAACAUAUGCUGAUCAUCUAGCAAUAUCAGCUACAGCAGUUAUUCUCAACAAAAAUAUAAUCAUUCAUGAAAUUGGUAAAACACCACUUUUAAUUCCUGGAUCAGAUUUUAUUGACCAUCAAGUACAUGUCUGUUAUAAUCCUGAUCUUUUACACUAUGAUAGUAUUGUUUGCGUUAAUAAUGAAUCAGCAUUUCUCUCUGCUGAACAAAUUUUAUUUACUUCAUAA